AUGACAUGUAGCUCUGAAAGACGUGAAGAUGGACAGGACAAAGUUGAUGGACUUACAGAUCUUCCUAUUAAUGUCAUAUACCAGAUUCAGGAGCACAUGGAUAUUGAGGAUAUUGCAAGAAUUUGUGUCUUGUCUAGUCAAUGGAGACAUCACGAUGGACCCAUUAAGACAUUUCUCCUUGAUAUUCCAGUAAUAGAUUCGUCUGAGCACUCAAUUAUUGAUCAAUGGAUUCUAUAUUUGUCAAAUGGUCUCAUGGAUUUCACCCUUUUGAAUCUAGAAAAUGUCUAUGCUCCAUAUAAGUUGCAUUCCGUCGUGUUCAGUAUGAAACUAGUAUAUUUGAAACUGUCAAACUGCAUUUUGAGGCCGCCUUGCAGUUUUGGAGGUUUCAGCAGGCUCAGAAGUCUUCAACUAAAUCGAGUCAUCUUUGAAUUAGACGUUGCAACUUAUUUCCUCCGGUUUCCAAACCUUAAGUUGCUGGAGUUUCAAGAGUGUAGUGGUCUUCAUCAUUUGAGUAUACAUGCUCCAGAACUUUCAACCUUAAAAUUCGAAGACUGUGGCAUUGACAUAAUUAAACUGGAUACUGUCAUGGACUGUCGUAAGUUGAAGGUUUUUGGAGUUUUUUUACAAGAAGUAGUUUCACAAAACAGACAACAUGAAGCUAUGAAAUGGAUAAAACUUCUGAGCAGCUGGCCUGAACUUAGAGCACUUGUUUUGGACAGAUACUUCAUCAAGUUUUUGGCUUCUGCUAAUGUAGCAGGGAGGUUGUCAGUGAGGCUCAAUCAGGGCGUUCUCGGUCUUUAUGAUCUCGAUUUUAAUAAUAAAGAUCACAUAUUUUCCUUUCUAUGCAUCCUUAGAAGCUCUCCUAGUUUGAUGUCACUUAGAAUUUUGUUGAGAGCUUCCAGGGAAAUAGAUGUAAAUCAUUUUGAAGGACAACGUUGCAGCAGGAUCGAUGAACUGAAUAACCUUCGAGCUCUGGAAAUAUCUAACUUCCAUGGUUCAAGAGCGGAAUUGACGUUUGUAAACUUAGUGUUGGCGUCUGCUCUGUCCCUCCAGAAGAUCGUAGUUGAAGUAGACAAAGAAGUUAGUGAAAGCCAGGCCAUUAAGAUUACUGAGGAGUUAUAA